AUGGGUAAAUGUCUCACCAUAGUCAAACUAGUCGGUAUCGGCUCACUAGGGAUCUCCAGUGGUGCCUUCUUGGUAUCAUCAUUGAGCUACGUUCCUAAGGCAGCCAACAGCUUGCAGCUCGGAGAGCUCAAGGUCAAGGUGUCAAAGUUGAUCACGGGGCUCCGUUUAGGCUUCUGGGGGCUCGGUUCGUUGGCCUCAUACCUGUUGUACGAGGCGUACGCCCGCUCCCCAGUCUACGGCAAGCAUCCCUACUUGAUCUACGCAGCGCUCUCGUUCCCGGUUGCGUUGGCGUACAACUACUACUACGCGUUCUCGGACGAGCAGAAGUUGGUGAAGGACUCCGAGGAGAAAAUCAUCUACAGAACGGAGAAGAAGAAGGUGGAGAAGGUUGUUUCGCCAGAGGAGGACAAGUCGCCAUUGGACAACUCCGUCUACAACGAUCUGGGAAACCGCGAUCCUAAGGUCGAGGAAACCGAGGUUGAUGUGGAGGUGCCUACCGUGUCCCAGGUCGAGCUCUCCGAGCCCACGUUCAAGGAGCUCUUGUCCACCGUGAGCGAGAGCCACUUGUACACGGGGGCCAUCCUCGGUGUCGGCUUCUUGCUUGGCUCCAUCGGAUACAUUGGCGACAACCUCAAAUAG